AUGGAUAUUGAUGGGUGUUUAUCGAAUCUGGAACAAAAUACAGAUGUUACCUUUUAUACUGGAAUCGACGAGCCGUCAUUGUUAUCACCUUUAAUGUCAUUACAGUCGUUGCCCAAUCUUGAUCCAAAUUAUGUUGAAAAUUAUUUAGAUAAAGAGGUUGGUAAAGCAUUGGAUGUGGGCCAGAUAUUUUCCCAAGCUAUUGAUGCUUAUUUUUCUUCAACCCAUGAUACCGAUGUAACUGGUCCAUUGUCAAUCCAAGCUUCGUCUUCAACCUUUCAAAGUUCAUCUAGUAAUUCAUGUUGUAACAUAUGUUGUAAUCCAAGCUGUAACUCACCUUGUAAUAUACAUUUUAACUCGCCACGAAACUCAUCUCGUUAUUCACCAUCAACGCAGUUGAAACAUUUGUCAAAUUUUAAUCCAGACUAUCGUCAUGUAAUAAUAGACUGUCCUGAAUUCAAGAGUAAACUCACACUGGCUGAUGACAUUACAAAAGUGAAAGAACCAUGGAUAUCUCAUGUUGCUAAGCAAAUUUUAUCUGUACAUUUUUCACCAUUGAGUUUAAAAUCAGAAUUCAUCUCAAAUCAGACAAUGUUGGAUGCAUUUGAGUCUGUAGCGGUUCAAGAAGUAGCUCAAGCUUUCAAGACAACAGCCUUCGUCAAUCCUCAAAAUGAUAUUGGUUUCAUAGAAAGUCAUUUUUUCUCUGACCCGACUCCACCUGAGCUUGUUUCUACUUGUGAAAAGAUACGCGCUUUUAGGAAACUACCCACCGAUGACAAAGUGACACUUAUUAAAAGUGCGUUUCUUGACUUCAAUGCAUUAAAAGGAGUAAUCGUCUUUGAUCCAGAAGUCGAUGGUUGGUUUUAUGGAGGGAAAGUUUGGUCAAGAAAAUGGUUUUACAAAGUAAAUCCAACGCAAAUCAGAAGAUUGGAUCAUAUCAUUGAAACCUUUCCUAAUUUGCUUCGAAAUGAUCUCAACGCUAUCGCUUUACUUUAUACAAUUGUCCUUUUUAAUCCUGAUUUGGUUAAAUUAAAGUUUCGAAACACAGUAAGGCUCGAGCGAUACACUUACAUUUAUCUGCUUAAUCGGUACCUGGCCGCUUACUUUGGUUCCGACUGUGAAGUUUCAGACACUCUUUAUCGUUUGAUGGUUAAAAUUGAUGAAAUUGUAAAACUUAGAAGAGGAACUGUGAAAAUUUUCGAUCUCUAUCAAUCUGGUUGUUCAACUUUAAUGACGAAUCAUGUGGCUCACUUAGUUCAAUUCAAAAGACUGUAAUAUAUGAGAAAUACAAAGUUUCUGCUGAAAUUAAGCUGUGAAUUUAAACAAAACUGAAGGGCACAUUGUUCAUUGCAAAUUGAAUUCAUCUCAAUCCCGAUCGCUUAAUCACUAAAAAAGUUGCAUUCCUA